GGUGAUCGCUUUAAGCGAAGCAUGGUCACGGAUCAAGGCAUGUACGACUACUGGAUCCCUUUUGAGUACCUGCUUCCCUUAUGUUGGCUGUUCUCUUUGCUCACCUUCAUCUUCUCUGUACUGCUGUGCUGUGGCCUCGAUAAUCAUAAGGUGCGACAGGUGAGGGCGUAUUUCAUCUAUGGCUGCAUAGUCACAGUACUCGCGUUCUUGGCUUCCAUAAUCCAGAUCAUCGUCAAGGAAGAAUCGAUGCUUGGUCUGUGGGGGCUCAUGGGGUGUGCUCUCCACUCGCUAUUUCUCAUCCUGGUGCACUAUACGCACGCCAAGAUGGCCGACGACGCCAUGUUUACAGACCACCGUCCUCUGAACGACGAACACUCAAGGGACUCUAAGAGAGACGUAAAAUUAAAUGCGGUGAUCUAAUCAAUUCACAUUCAUCAUCAUCAUCAUCAUCAUCAUUUAAGCCUCCAGCACGAUAGAGUUAGACCAAGAAAUGGCUGCAGCGAUUUUGAUAACAUACGCAGUGCAAGUGUUAUUUAUACGUCAUCAUUUCAUAGAAGUUUGCACUGCGUAUGCUAUCAAAUCGCUGCGAACUUUUCUUGAUCUAACUCUACUUUCUGCUUUAAAUAUAAUUCUAAUGUCAGUGUACAUUCAAAUUCGCCUGUAUAGUCUGUCCGUUUUUCUAAGAUCAAGUACGCCAUAGUAAAUGUAUGGCGAACUUGAUCUUAGAAA